UACAGUCCCACGCUGUAGAGUCAGUCUGCCUCGGCCCAUCUCUCCAUCUUGUCCGAGGGACUUGGAGAUGGAGUACGGGAGCUGACUUUGAAAGAAGCACCCAAGAACAGAAACUGUCUCAAAGGGCACAGAGGUCAGAGUCACCAGGACAAGACCCAGCCAGAAAGCUAAGCUCCCGGAGGGGGGGAGGGAGCAGCACUUCAAACACCUAGCAUACAUGUGGGGAUAAUACCCGGGCCUCCAAGUCAGGAGAGCUGCUGCUGUCAUUGACCUUCAACACGCAGGCCUCACAGAAUCAACUGAGUCAUGGCAGACUCAGGCACAGCGAGACAUUCAGCGUCCUCUUUCUCUUUCAAUUAGACACCACCACCCCCCAUGCGGCUUUGUAAGAGGUUGGAAGAACACUUCAGAUUUGGCCUCCCCAGAUGGAGAGACUAAAGCUGGGGAAAAUCCCAGAACACUUGUGUAUCAGGCUGGUGGCCAUGUUGCUCUUGGCAAUAAUUUUUCUCCCGAGCACGCUCUGUGACAUUGGAUCCGUGUAUAAUUCUUCCUAUGAAACUGUCAUCCCCGAGAGACUGCCAGGCAAGGGGAGGGAAGACCCUGGAGGGAAGGUGGUGUCCUACAUGCUGUUGAUGCAAGGCCAGAAGCAGCUGCUUCACCUCGAGGUAAAGGGACACUACUCUGAGAAUAACUUCCCAGUCUACAGUUACCACAAUGGCAUCCUGGGGCAAGGGACACCUCUCCUGUCCCAGGACUGCCACUAUGAAGGCUACAUGGAAGGGGUGCCAGGCUCCUUUGUUUCUGUCAACCUCUGUUCAGGCCUCAGGGGCGUCUUGAUUAAAGAGGGGACAUCCUAUGGCAUUGAGCCCAUGCUCUCUUCCAAAAACUUUGAACACNUCCUCUACACCAUGGAGCAUCAGCCCGUGGUCUCCUGCAGCGUCACUCCCAAAGACAGCCCGGGGGACACCAGCCAUCCACCAAGGAGCAGGAAGCCCGAUGACCUACUGGUUCCNACCGACUUGUGGACACACACCAAGUUCGUGGAGAUGUUUGUGGUGGUCAACCACCAGCGGUUCCAGAUGUGGGGCAGUAAGGUCAACGAGACGGUCCAGGCAGUAGUGGACAUCAUUGCUCUGGCCAACAGCUUCACCAGGGGGAUAAACACAGAGGUGGUGCUGGUGGGCCUGGAAAUCUGGACAGAGGGGGACCCGAUAGAGGUCCCAGUGGACCUGCAGACCACACUCAGGAAUUUCAACCUCUGGAGACAGGAGAGACUCGUGGGCCGGGUCAGGCACGACGUGGCACACUUGAUCGUCGGGCAUCGCCCAGGAGAGAACGAGGGCCAGGCGUUUCUCCAUGGUGCCUGUUCAGGCGAGUUUGCGGCGGCCGUGGAGGCCUUCCAUCAUGAAGAUGUCCUCCUGUUCGCGGCUCUCAUGGCCCACGAGCUCGGGCACAACCUGGGUAUCCAGCACGACCGCCCGACCUGCACCUGUGGUCCCAAGCACUUCUGCCUCAUGCACGAGAAGAUCAGUAAGGACAGUGGCUUCAGCAACUGCAGCUCUGACCACUUCCUCCGUUUCCUCCAUGACCACAGAGGGGCGUGCCUGCUUGACGAGCCUGGGCGCCAGAGCCGCAGGCGGCGCAGAGCUGCCCUCUGUGGGAAUGGUGUGGUGGAGGAUUUGGAGCAGUGUGACUGCGGUAGUGACUGUGAUAAAAGCCAGUGUUGUGAUGAAAAUUGUAAACUAAAGGGGACCUCAAAGUGUAGCAAUGACCUUUGCUGUUUUCAAUGUAACUUUAAAAAGAAAGGAGACAUUUGCCGUCCUGCUGACGGACCAUGUGACCUGGAAGAAUACUGCAAUGGGACCUCUGCAGCAUGUCCCAUGGACAGGAAAGCCCAGGAUGGCUCUGAGUGCCACGAAUUCUUCUUUUGCUUUAACGGUCAGUGCCUGGACCCUACCUUUCAGUGCUCACACAUUUUUGGGCACGGUUCAAGGUCUGCCCCAGAUAAUUGCUAUACCUCCCUGAACUCAAGAGGAGACCGGUUUGGAAACUGUGGCUCCUCCUCUAACUUUCCAAGAAAGUAUACCAAGUGUUCAGAUGAAAAUAUAAUGUGUGGGAAAAUUAUAUGUACAGAGGUGGCCUUCCUGCCACAAAUCCAACAUAACGACUUGCUGAUCCAGGUCCCUGAAGCCGAGGACUGGUGCUGGAGUAUAGAUAUGUCUGACAGGAAAGAUGCCCUUGAUGAGGGACACGUGAGGGACAACACUUACUGUGGCAAAGAUAAAGUCUGUAAGAAUUCUAUUUGUAAUGACUCCACCCCAGUCGAAUUUCCCUGUAAUCCAAGGAGACAAUGCCACGAGCAUGGGGUGUGCAAUGACCUGGGGAACUGCCACUGCUCAUUUGGCUUUGCACCUCCUGACUGCGAAGAGGAAGGCACUGGGGGCAGUGUGGACAGUGGUCCCACUACUAAUCUGUCAGAUGAGUACGGUACAAUACCAAACUCUACCCAAUCUAGUACACAGGAGCUGAUCCUUAACUUAAAACUGAUCGUUCUGGCUGUCAUUUUGGUGCUCAUGAUACUCUUAAUAAUCAUAUGCAUCAUAAGUGCCUACACCAAGUCAGAGACUGUUUCCAAAGCAGGGCCUUCAGAGUUAGAGGAGCUUCCAGAAGGGAAGGAGGAAGAGCAGGAAGAGGAGGUCCUACCAGAAGAGGCUGAAAGGGAGGAGGAGGAGUUGGAGGAGGAAAAGGAAAAAGCAGAAGAGCAAGAAGCAGUAGAAGAGGAAGCAGUAGAAGAGGAAGCAGUAGAAGAGGCAAACGAAGGAGAAGCAGACAAGAAAGACGAAGAAGAAGAGGGAGAGGAAUAAGUGGGGGAGAUAAAGCCAAUAAGUAGCUGAGCCUCUCGAAGCCCUGAGAAUGAGGCUCUGGGAAGCUGAGGCUGUGGGAAGCUGCCACUCUCAGUGGGUGAGGGGGAAGGAGCCAUCUGUCAGUAGUGUCCAGUGGACAGGUGUUUACAUACUAUUUCAGUACUUUAAUUUACACAUUUCAUUUGAACUUCUAUAGCUUUGUAUAUUCUUGUUCUUGUAUCUUUGGGCUGAUCUUUUGGUCACCAGAAAAUGCUUUCUUCCACAUAGAUUAUUAUUAUUAUUUUGGUAUGCAAUAUACUAUGUUCCUGAAUUUCUCACUGUUCCCAGGACUUUCAUUUCAAGUAACAAUUACCUAUUAUGUAAGGACAAUUUCCAUGACAUUCACUCUUCUAACUUGCCCAAAAAUAUAUAUUCAAGGACGAGUCUUUAAAUAAAACUACUACUGUUAGACAUGUCUUCAAGU